GGGAAGCAAUAUCUAUUUUUAUCUUAUUGAAAUAGUUCUCAAAAUUAUUUGAUGUGGGUGUUCAUGAGAUAGUUUUAUACCACAUACCUUGCAUACCAGAAUCAGUGUUUUUUAUGAUGUAAAUUUCAAUAAAUGAUAUCUUGUUAUUCAGGUGCUGGUUACCCUGAGAUAUCUCACAAAAAUAGAUUUUCUGUCUGAAGUUGCUGACAUUCAUGGCAUUUCAAGAAGUUCAGCAAGCCGCAUCAUCCCAAGGGUGUGCAGAUCUAUUAUUAAAAACUUUCCAAUAAGGUAUCCAACAGACCCACAGGCAAUAACAAAUAUGAAGACUAAGUUCUACAGAAUCGCUAAUUUUCCGAAUGUGAUAGGGUGCAUUGAUGGAGUUCUGAUUGGCAUACAGACACCAUACCAAGAUGAGGCGUCCUACGUCUGCAGAAAGGGUUUCCAUGCCUUAAAUGUCCAAGCUAUAGCGGAUGCAGAGAUGAAAUUCAUAAAUGUUGUUAUCAGGUGGCCAGGAUCGACCCACGACUCGUUCAUUUUAACAAACUCUAACAUCUCAAAUGAGUUAGAACAAAGAAACAAUGGCUGGCUGCUUGGUGACAGUGGUUAUGCAUUAAAGAACUGGCUGAUGACACCCUUUAUGCACCCAGUCAAUGUCCAACAACAGAGGUACAACUCGGCACAUGCCAGAACAAGAAAUAUUGUUGAACGGUCGUUUGGUGUGCUUAAAUCCAGAUUUCGAUGUUUGGACAGAUCAGGUUGCCAUCUAUCAUACCAGCCAAAGAAAACUGUACAUAUUAUUGGGGCUUGCUUCAGCUUACAUAAUUUUGCCACUGAAAAGAAAAUGCCAGUUCCAAAUCAUGAUGAUGAUGAUAACCAUGAUGAUGAGAACAAUGUUGCAAUGCAGCAACCUGCAGGAAGAGCCCAGGAAAUCAGGAACCACAUUGCCAGCAGAUUUUGAAUAAUGUUUCUAUAUACAUGUAAUCUAGCAGAGACAUACUGUUUUUAGCUCGACUGUACAAGGAGAGCUAUCCUACUCGACCCGGCGUUGGCGUCUUUCCACGUCCCCGCCUUGGUUAAAGUUGUUUUUACACUUUCGCUUUUUAGCUUACCUGAGCACAAAGUGCUCAAUGUGAGCUUUUGUGAUCGCCUUGUGUCCGUCGUCCGUCCGUCGUCAACAGUUUGACUGUAAACACUCUAGAGGUCAUAAUUAUGGCCUAAUCUUAAUGAAACUUUGUCAGAAUGUUACCCUCUUAAUAAUCAUGGACGAGUUUGAUAUCGGGUCAUCUAUCUCUGUUACUAUCAAAGCUAUUGACUUAAAACAAUCCCCAUAACACUGUUUGCAUUUUGACAGAGCAGUGCUCCUUUUAAAUAUUUAUGUUAAAGUUUUUUGAUAUAUAGUCAAUAUCUUGAAUACUAUCAAAGGCAUUGAUUUGAAACUUAAAAUAAUUCUUAACUAUUAACAUCUUCACCAGGAAAGCAUUCCUAUAACUGUUUUGAAUUUUUAUGUUUGUCAACAACAUCAGCAUUUUGUGGAAACAGUGCCAAUUACCUUGAAUUGUUGGUUAUUUGUGAAAAAAUUAUGCUCCUUACUUACUUUGUCAAAUUUUUUAGGCAAGCUUUGUUUUUGGGACAAAUGUUCGAUAUUGCCAAAGAUGAUUACUUUAGUUAAAUAAUCUCUUUAUCUUUAACCAGGAUUAUUAGAGUCUUUCUACAUCUUAGUGUAUCUCGUUCUUAAAAUAAAUGCCCUAUUAUUGAAACACAAAAUUUAAUCCAUUUUACUGUCAAAUUGCCAACUAGUGUAGUGUGUUGUAUUAUAAUACUCUUAUUAUGCCCCCCUUCAAAGAAGGAGGGGUAUAUUGUUUUGCAGAUGUCAGUCGGUAGGUCGGUCGGUCGGUCUGUCGGUCGGUCGAAAUGUAGACCAAUACGUUUCCGGAUGAUAACUCAAGAACACUUGAGCCUAGGAUCAUGAAAGUUGAUAGGGAGGUUGGUCAUCACUAGCAGAUGACCCCUAUUGAUUUUGAGGUCUGUAUGUCAAAGGUCAAGGUCACAGUGACCCUGAAUAGUAAAACGGUUUCCGGAUGAUAACUCAAGAACACUUGGGCCUAGGAUCAUGAAAGUUGUUAAGGAGGUUGGUAAUGACCAGCAGAUGACCCCUAUAGAUUUUGAGGUCAGUAUGUUAAAGGUCAAGGUCACAGUGACCCUGAACAGUAAAACGGUUUCCGGAUGAUAACUCAAGAACGCUUAGGCCUAGGGUCACGAAAGUUGAUAGGGAGGUUGGUCAUGACCAGCAGAUGACCCCUAUUGUUUUUGAGGUCAGUGUGUCAAAGGUCAAGGUCACAGUGACCAGGAACAGUAAAAUGGUUUCCAGGCAAUAACUCUAGAACGCUUUGGCCUAGUGUCAGGAAAAUUGAUAGUUAGGUUGGCCAUGACCAGCAGAUGACCCCUAUUGAUUUAGAGGUCAUUAGGUCAAAGGUCAAGGUCACAUUGGCCAGGAACAGUUAAAUGGUUUCUGAUCUUCUUGUCCAAAACCAUAGGGCCUAGGGCUUUGAUAUUUGGUAUGUAGCAAAAUCUAGUGGUCCUCUACCAAGAUUAUUCAGAUUAUUUCCCUGGGGUCAAAUAUGGCCCCACCUCGGGGGUCACAUGGUUUAUAUAAACUUGUAUAGGAAAAAAUUUAAAAAACCUCACGUCCAAAACCACAGGGCCUAGGGCUUUGAUAUUUUGUAUAUGACAUAAUCUAGUGGUCCUCUACUAAGAUUGUUCAAAUUAUUCCCCUAGGGUCAAAUAUGGCUCUGCCCUGGGGGUCACAUGGUUUACAUAGACUUAUAUAGGGAAAAACUUUGAAAAUCUUCUUGUCCAAACCACAAAGACUAUGGCUUUGAUAUUUUGUAAUGUAGCAUCAUUUAGUGGUUCUCUACCAAGUUUGUUCAAAUUAUCCCUCUAGGGUCAAAUAUGGCCCCGCCCCAGGGGUCAUAUGGUUCAUAUAGACUUAUAUAGGGAAAAACUUAGAACCUUCAUGUCCAUAACUUACAUCAUUCAAAUUUGGACCACAUGUAAAGUUUCGAGUGGCAAGAUGAACCUUGACAUGAGUUGACCUUGAUCUUGACCUAGUGACCUACUUUCACAUUUCUGUAGCUACAGCCUUCAGAUUUGGACCACAUGCAUAGGUUUGUGUACCGAAAAAAACUUUGACAUUGUUAUUGACCUAGUGACCUACUUUCACAUUUUUGAAGGUACAGGCUUCAAAUUUGGACCACAUGCAUAGUUUUUUGGUCCAAAAUAAAAUUUGACCUUGAUUUUGACCUAGUGACCUACUUUCACAUUUCUUAAGCUACAGCUUUCAAAUUUGGACCACAUGCAUAGGUUUGUGUACCGAAAGAGACUUUGACCUUGUUAUUGACCUAGUGACCUACUUUCACAUUUUUGAAGGUACAGGCUUCAAAUUUGGGCCAUUUGCAUAGUUUUGUGUUCCGAAAUAAAAUUUGACCUUGAUUUUGACCUAGUGACCUACUUUCACAUUUCUCAAGCUACAGCCUUCAAAUUUGAACCACAUGCAUAGUUUUGUGUACCGAAAUGAACUUUGAUCUUGAGAUUGACAUAUUGACCUAUUUCACAUUUCUCAAGCUACAGGCUUCAAAUUUGGACCGCAUGCAUUUUUUUGUGUUCUGAAUUGAAAUUUGACAUUGAUUUUUACCUAUUACCUUCUUUCACAUUUCUCAAGAUACAGCCUUCAAAUUUGAAGCACAUGCAUAGUUCUGUCUACUGAAAUGAACUUUGACCUUGAAAUUGAUCUAGUGACCUGCUUUCACAUUUCUCAAGCCACAGCUUUCAAAUUUGGACCACAUACACAUUGUUUUGUACCGAAAUGAAAUUUGACAUUGAUUUUGCCCUUGAGCUGGUCUUGAAAUUUGAAACAUUCAGAAAUGGCUCAGUGGAUGGCGCCAAGAUCACUCUGUAAUCUCUUGUUAGGUUAAUAGGUUAAAGGUCAAAUUCAGAUUAAACCAGAAUGGUAGAACUUUUGUUUACAGUGAGCAUAUAAUUUCUGUUCCUUGUGCAAUUACUGAAUGCAUCAAGGGGGGCAUUUCGUGUUCGACGAGCUCUUGUUUCAUUUACAAUCACUGUAAAUGUACAUAGCGAAAACUGAAGUCAUCUCACUCUACUUAUUUUUUAUUUCAUUACUUUAUAACAUUGAUAUAUCAGAUUUGCAAAAAAAAAACAACAACUGACUGACUAACAAAUCUCUCCUAUAUAUCACACCAAAUGUCCUUUACACAGGCAUAAAUUUAAAGUUGUAAAAUAUUGUCUAAUUGUGAACUUUGCAAAACAAAUGCUAUUUGUUUGAUAGACUCUAGUUGUUCUCUUUGGAGCCUUAACUUUUCAAACAACAGAUCUCUGGGAUCUUGGUGGCCAUCUUUGAAUGUUUUCUGUCUAAUGUACAUGAAUACAUGACUGAUAUGAAUAGGUGUUUCCUUUGUUGUUUUGUUAUGGUCCAAAAUGCCAAAGGAUCAGUAAGGCUCAUCAGCAUAUCUAGGCCAAGAAACCUAUGAAGUUGAAAUAGUUUCCAGUUACUGAGCGGAAAUUAUUUUAGUUAUCAUUUUCCUGUGGCCUUGACGUUUGACACAGUGACUCCAUUCUCACUUAGAAAAAAGUUGGAUUUAAGGUCUAGUGUCUGACUAGUAUUGCAUCUCUUCUAAGUAAAUAUACAUUAAUGCUACUUGCAGAUAUUAAAUCAAAAACGUUACUGUGCCUUUAAGAUAAAAUAUAAGAAAUUACCCCAUCUGAUUAGAAUAUACCUUCAUCAACGUCAGUACUGGGUGAUUUUAUGGCACUUUUGCGUUUCCUGCUGUUUUCGAUAGUGCUGCUUUUACUGUUCUCUCCUGCAUUACCUUUGAAACAAAUGGAUUCACUUUCUUGAAAAUAACAAUUGUAACAUCAAAUAGUUCUAGUAACUUAUAUCUAAUUAUAUCUACUGUAAACUAUAAAGUAUGAAAAACUAGGUGACUCAAACCCCCCCCCC